AUGGCGGAGACUCUAAGGCAACAACAGCAACAACCGCCACCACCACCAGUGCCUCCACCUGCAGUACAAGAUGUACAUGUUGAGGACCGAACCAUCACACUCACAAAAGAGUUUAAAAAGAUGAAACCACCGUCAUUUAAGGGGGGAAUAGAACCUAUGAAAGCUGAAGCAUGGGUGCUGGGAAUAGAGAAAUUGUUUGAAGUAUUUCCAUGUACAGAAGCCCAGAAAGUGCAACUUGCCGCCUUUACUCUUGAAGAUGAGGCGCGAAGAUGGUGGAUGCUUACAAGAACAGUGCAUCGGGACUUAACAUGGGAUAGAUUUCUGGAGUUGUUUUAUGAUAAGUAUUUUCCUCAAAGCAUGCGAGAUAAGAAGGUGACGGAAUUUGAGACUCUUAGACAAGGAAAUAAGACUGUUGCAGAAUAUGAGGCCCAAUUUACUGAAUUAGCUCGGUUUGCCCCUCAUAUGGUAGAUACAGACUAUAAGAAGGCACGAAAAUUUGAAGGGGGCUUACGGGGUGCCAUUUUGGACCGGGUCAAUAUGCUAAAAUUACCCACGUAUGUUGAGGUGCUAGAAAGGGCUGUUAUUGUAGAAGGAAAUCUUGCGGCCCAGAAUCGGAUUUCCGAGUGGAAAGGGAAGAGACAAAACAACCAAUGGUCAAAGAGAUCCGUUACUCCACCCGCUAAGAAGCACAAUUCAGGGAGUUUCAGCACCACUACUUCUACUCAAAAUUCCACUCCGGUGUGCCCAGACUGUGGAAGGCAACAUCGAGGAACUUGUCAUUGGAAGACUGGAGCAUGUUUUAAAUGUGGGAAAACGGGACAUUUGGUAAGGGAUUGCCCGCAAUUGGUUCAACAAAAAGGCAAUAGAUCCGCUACAAGUUCUGCGGGGUCUACACUAACCCCCAAUGUGAAGACGGCUCCCAAACCGAGUAAUAACAAAGACACUGCAAGACAAGGUAGGGUGUUCGCUUUGAUUCCAGGUGAUGUAGAAAAUACAGCAACAGUGGUGUCAGGUACAUUCACUAUUUAUGGUCAAUCUGCGCAUGUAUUGUUUGAUUCUGGUUCCACUCACUCUUUUGUGUCAAAACUCUUCGCUCCUAAUUUAGAUAAAAUUGAAGAAAACUUAUCUUGCAUGUUGUGUGUGUCCUCCCCCUUGGGAGAGUCUAUAAUUUGUGCUACUAUAUAUCUAGCUUGUGAACUUCAACUCGGAGAUAUUCGGGUAUAUGCUAAUUUAGUGCCUCUCGAUAUGACCCAUUUUGAUGUUAUUCUGGGGAUGGAUUGGGUAAGUGCUUAUGGUGCAACUAUAAACUGUGUGACUAAGCAAAUCAAUUUUUAUCCUCCGGGGCAAUCAGAGUCUGUGGUUCAAGGGCAGGAAGUGAUUUCGCCACCUUACCUGAUAUCUGCCAUGAAGGCUUGCAACUUAAUACGGAAGGGCUGUCGGGGGUAUCUAUGUAGCGUUUUAGAAGGGCAAGGGAUGAAUGAGAAUCUUGAUGUGAUCCCAGUGGUCCGUGAGUUUCCGGAUGUUUUUCCCGAAGAAUUACCGGGCCAACUAAUAGACCGAGAAAUUGAGUUUAUAAUUGAAGUGGCGCCCGGAACCCAACCUAUCUCGAAGACACCCUAUAGGAUGUCACCAGCUGAAAUGAAAGAGUUGAAGAUUCAAUUACAGGAUCUGCUUGACAAGGGAUUUAUCCGCCCGAGUGUGUAUCUCCUUGGGGUGCGCCAGUAUUGUUUGUGA